AUGGCAUCGCAUGGUGAUGCGUGCUUGUCACCACAGGACGAACUUCAGUUUCUUAACGAGUGCCUCGUAGAUGCUCUUGCUGUUCAUCUGCUUGUUUCGCACGCGUUGGUGAGCAGCACAAAUGACGGCGAUGGGCAGACGUGGUACUGCUCACUCCUGGAGGAGGAUGUGCAGCUCUACCUGCGGCACCUGCUGCGUAAGUACACGUCGAGUUCAGCGAUGCGGAAGAAGCUAACGUCUGCGAGGAGUUUGUACUAUCUACAGUGUCUCACGGACGAGAAAACGCGGGAGGAGUUUGUCCUUGUUGCAGCACAUCCAUCUUUUGCGGACGCCAUGUGA